AUGGGAAUCAAGAAUGAGCCCGUGGAUUCGGUCAACAGCACUGACAGUACUAUAGCUCAGACGGUCCCCAGUUUUCUUGAUGACGCCUCUGCCGAGGACUUGCGAACGCAGCUCCGCUGGAACCGUAUCCGCCAUGCUUUACGAGACCCAUUCUCUGAAUUCUUUGGCACGAUGAUACUCAUUCUGUUUGGAGACGGGGUUGUUGCGCAGGUAACACUAAGCCAGAGCCAGAAGGGGGACUAUCAAUCGAUUUCGUGGGGUUGGGGAAUUGGAGUUAUGCUUGGUGUUUAUACAAGCGGUGUUUCAGGGGCACAUAUCAACCCCGCGGUGACAUUUGCCAACUGCAUCUACCGCAAAUUCCCCUGGCGCAAGUUUCCAGUGUACAUGCUCGCUCAAAUUCUCGGAGCAAUGACCGGGGCUGCAAUCGUCUACGGCAACUACAAGUCUGCCAUUGAUGCAUACGAGGGAGGACCACAUCUCCGGACUGUACCUGGCUAUUCGGAAACCGCCACCGCCGGAAUCUUCUGCACCUAUCCAGCUCCCUUUGUGACCAAGACCGGCCAGUUCUUUUCCGAGUUCAUUGCCAGCGCGAUCCUGAUGUUUAUGAUCUUUGCCAUCAAAGAUGACAAGAAUCUGGGUGCGGGACCAUUGGUUCCCCUGGCCUUGUUUUUUAUUAUUUUUGGUAUUGGAGCGUGUUUUGGUUGGGAAACAGGCUAUGCUAUUAACCUAGCUCGUGACUUUGGUCCACGGCUUGUACCCAUGGUUGCACCGUUUUUUGGCACGGCAUUUGGCGGCUGGCUGUAUGAUAUGUUUCUCUAUGUUGAUGAAAGCCCUAUCAACACGCCAUGGGUGGGGUUCAAACGAGUAUUUCGUCCUCGGCAGUCUGGGGUCUCUGUCUCUAGCGCGGUAUGA